AUGAGAUGGUUUUGUUUUAUAGACUUACUAGUCUCCCCUGCGACUGUUCUUUGUCUUGUCACACAAUGACUGUGACAAGAUAAAAUGGCUGCAAAGGAGGCUAUGACUUAACUUGACACAGAGAUGCCCAGUGGGGUAGGGACAAACGAAGAGUGUUCCCAGGGGGGUUAGCCUGCAAACACAGAUGUAUUUCGGGUCAUCCUUUUCGGAUGGAGAGAAGCAACGACCGGAAAUAACGUGUGUUCACAGGCUAACAGCUAACAGGAGGUAGGGUUCAAGAGAUUUUUUGGUAUCCCCUUUAUGCACUGACCUUCAGAAAACAAAUUGAGAAAUAAGAAUCCUAGGGAAAAAAUAUCAAGAAUUGUUCUUCUACUUCUACAUGUGAGAUAUGCAUCAUGCAUUCUGGAUUACUGUAUAACUUAUUGGGCUCUCUUGGGUGAAUAAUCAAUAAUUUCAAUCAAGUUAGAACCCACCUUGCGAAAAGACUGGGUAUGCCCCUGUCAAUUGGGAUCAUAGGUCCCAUGCAACAGAAACUAUAGGGGCGGUAAGUACUAUUUUCCUAGUAGUUCUUCUACAUGUACAGUGUAUGUACCCGUAACCCCACAAGACACAACUAGGUCACUCUCUGGGCAAAGUAUUAGCUAUAAGAAACAUCAGUUUCGACUAAAUAAACGUUAAUUUGUCUCAUUUAUACUUUAGUUACUCACAUAGCAGUUGUUUUUUGUCUUUCCUGUUCGUUUUUCUCCCAUAUAUCCCUUGUAAAAGACGAAAAAAAUGCAUCGUUCGAUUCAAACCUGUUCAAACUGACCGCCAGUAUUUGAUUUAGUCUUGGUAACCAAGCCUUUUCUUCAAAUCUCAGGCGCGGGCGCUAAGCAAAAAGCGUUAUAUUAUUUGCUCAGGGAUCCUAUGAUCAGACAACGGCGACGUCCAUGAAAACGGCGUGGUUGUGAAGGUACAGCGGAGAAAUUUACAAAAAAGCGUGAUACACGUUGCAGAGUUGUUAUUUUGCUGAUUAAACCUAUUGCUUUUUAGACCUUCCCGUUGCCAGUUUCGUAAGGUCCCGUCGCAAAACGUAAUUCAAACCCCGGUUAGUAACGUCUGCAAAGCAGCGUCGUGAUCCUUGUUUUAGUCCCCCAACGUACUCAACGAAUUCCCGGAAAUACGUUUCGUUUUUCCUCUCAUUCUGAUUGGCAAUCGACAAACAGACCUACCAUGGCGCAUGCUCAAAUCCUGAUACUCAGAUGGGGGCCUAAAACAAGGAUUCCAGCGCUGUUUCGCACACGGACUUAACCAGAGUUUAGUUUUGUUUGUGGCGCAGGCUAAGUAAGACAGGUAAGGGCGGAUUUCCAGGGUCUCGUAGCUUUUACGUUAAUGCGCGACCUUUCAUAAAAUUAUAAUUUCCUCCAUUUUAUUCACCCACGUAAGUUGUACCCGUACAAGCACAUAAAAACUACACGACAGUGGAAAUGCACCCUUAUUUUUCUCUUAUUUUGUCUUUCUUUGGUUCUCCUUCCCCGGCCUCUUUCACUGGUAUACUGUGGUAUACUGUAUGUAGUUACUUCCCAUCACAAUGAACAGAUCGACGUUUUGUAUAAACGGUUUGUGUUCUACACCACCUUAAUUUAGAUUUUAUUACUCACAGGUAUCUGCAAGGAAUGUAUGCCUUUGGUCUUGUAGAAACAAACUUUUACAAGGAGGCGGAAAAAUAUGCUCUUAAGGUAGAGUUUAAACCCCAAAGGCCCAGUUAUUUAAACGGAGUUUAGCAAGUACUUAACAAAGCUGCGUUCUAAGCCAUUUUCAGUGAUUUGCUAACGCUUUUACACGAUCUAUCGUGAACAAUUUCAGUAAAGCGAAUAGCGUAGACUGGAAAAGCUAUUUAUUUAGUAUGUAGUUCAAACUUUAAAGUCUGUCNGUAGAAACAAACUUUUACAAGGAGGCGGAAAAAUAUGCUCUUAAGGUAGAGUUUAAACCCCAAAGGCCCAGUUAUUUAAACGGAGUUUAGCAAGUACUUAACAAAGCUGCGUUCUAAGCCAUUUUCAGUGAUUUGCUAACGCUUUUACACGAUCUAUCGUGAACAAUUUCAGUAAAGCGAAUAGCGUAGACUGGAAAAGCUAUUUAUUUAGUAUGUAGUUCAAACUUUAAAGUCUGUCGAUGAAAUCCUAUGGUAUGACCAUUCAAAUGAAACCUCUUGAGUGGUACUCUCACGUGGUACUAUUUAUUUAGUUUGUAGUUCUAACUUUUGAGUCUGUGAAUGAAAUCCUAUGGUGUGACCAUUCAAAUCAUUGUAAAACCGCUUCAACAGUACUUCACAUGGUACUAUUUAUUUAGUUUGUAGUUCUAACUUUUGAGUCGGGGAUGAAAUCCUAUGGUAUGACCAUUCGAAUGAAACCUCUCCAGUAGUACAUUCACGCGGUACCAUUUGUUUUGUUUUUUUUUUUCAGCAUUUCCCAAAUUAAAUUAGGAAAAGUGUGUCGAAUUUGACUUCGGUCACUUUCUACUGAUUUAUUGCCUUUGUCAAUGCAUUGUAGGCCUUGGAACUGAAUCCAAAGGACUGUUGGAGCACUCAUGCCGAAGCUCAUGUGAUCGAGAUGGAGGGACGACAAGAUGAUGGGAUCAAAUUUCUUAGCAAGACAAUAAAUGACUGGACAGUACGAUGGUUCUUCUUUAUGCAUUUACACUUGUUUAUGAUAAAUAGUUGUUUAGCCUGGUUUUCACCUGCAACCAAGCCGUCGGGGACGUUUCUGGAUACUCUUUGUCGCGAAACGCUGGGAAGAGUUGCGUACAAAGAGGGACAGAACUGGACUAGAGUCGUUAGUGAUCCAUUCAAAGCAGAGUGCCGAUUCUGUAUACGACUCCGUCACUUUCGAUCUAGCGAAAACUAGACUGUCGUAGUCACAAGCAGAAAGGACAGACAUUGUGAUUGGUUUUAGUAUAUUUGCAAUUCUGUUUAUGCCCCUUCAGGCUACUUUUAUAAGAUUGUAAACGAGGGAGUCAUUUGCGGAGGAAAUGUUUUGAUUCUUGCGUUUUUCCUGGAGCCUUGACAGAAAAUCAAAAAUGGGAGUCAGCAGCCGAACUAUCAUAGUUCGGCUUACGACUCCCAUUUUCGAUUUUCUGUCAGUCCUAAGUGCUCGCACGGUUCAUCCGAUUCCCUUGCUUAUAAAAACCAAUCGAAAUAUUGAAAGAAUAAACUCUAUUCCUUAUUGAUAGAGACCAAUUAACAUACUAUCACCAGUUCUUCAACAGGAUUGGCUGUAACAUGCUUUUUAUUUAAUGGGCAAAUGGACAGGAGAAGUCCUUACGUCACGUUGCCAUGGUAGUAAAAUUUUGGGGUCUCAACAAACCGUAGUCCUGCAAAUAUGUCAGAAAAAAAACGAAAAAAUUUGACAAGUAUGACUUUCUUAUGAUUAAACUCAAGAACAAAACGGUGGCCAAUACUAUUCUUCCAUCGCUGGUCAAUGGUAAUGGCUGUCUCUGUCAAGAACGAUUGUGGAGAUAGAAAUUUUGCUACCAUGGUAAUGUGACGUCACACUUCGAUUCCCAUUUUCCCUUUCAUCUAUUCAGCAACAGAUUGCACUAUACCAUCCGAGUCGCAUGGUAGCCACUGGCUUUCUUUGUUUUUCUUUUAGACUGGAGCAAUGUUAGCUUGUCACAAUUACUGGCACUGGGCUUUAUACCACAUCGAAAAGGUAUAUGCAUUACUUGGGAUAUACUAACUGUGGAGGGUUGUUUUCGAUGUCAUUUUGAAAGAAAGAAGAUAAGCAUUUAAAAUGAUGUAAUGGUGUUAUUUUUCUUGCCCCACUUCGUCUCAUGCUCUCUUGCAAGGAAUUUUGCCCCACGUGAAUGUUAAGCUGCAAUUGGCUCUCAAUUACACUCAAGAUACACCACAGAGACACUGUUAAGGGACGCAUGCGCGAAACUCACUUAAAAGCGCGUGUUGGCAAGCUAACAAACUAACUGUAAUUUCCAAGUUAUAACAACGUUUGUUUACAAUGUUUUGUUUUUCAGGGUGAAUAUCAGGCUGCGGUAGAUAUAUAUGACGAGGAGGUACAGGACAAUUUUAGCCCAUAAUAGUAGACAAAUUAAACAUCCUUUGUUCAAUGCGAUAAAAAGGUUUCAUCGACAGGUUUCUCACCCGUAAUUUCUGUUAAUUUUGUUCAUUUUUGUAUUGUUUUUGAAAGCUGAUAUUUCCUUUUGUAUUACAAGCAAAGAGCUAAAAUGCAUAAGAAACUAGUUACGAAAAAUAUACACGUCAGGUGUUGUAGUUCUUGUUUUUAAUCUCUCAUGUUGUUUUUUGCACGAUUUUUUCUUUCUUUGCGUCAAUUUUUGUACCAAACUAAACGAGGCUAAAUAGGUAACCUGCAUUGUCAGCAAAAAAUUUCCACUUUACAUUACGUUACAUUACAUUACAGACAUUUUUUGAGCACAUCCCCAUCUUGGUCUUUUCAGUGAUCAAAUAGGAUAAUAUGGAGUAAAAAUUAAAUACUAUAGGUAAAACCUAUUCACAGAAAUCGAACAAUUAUAUGCAUUUGAAUUGGAUUAAAAUAACUAACUACAUACGAUAUAACUCAUUAUAUACAAUACAAAUUAUUCAACUCUAAAAAUUAAAUUAUUGUUGAUAUAAAAGUUCGUUCGGAAGAUGAUUUUUUAAAGAAGAAAGCGGGAUUCUUGCAUAAUUUCAAGCUUGAAUCGAGCUUAUUCCAGAUAGAUACCCCUCUACAGUAAAAGGUUCUCUGUCCCGUUGCAUCUUUAAAAAAGAGAAAUCUUUAGUUGUUGGAAGUUCCUGGUUGUGCGUCCAGAUACGCUGCCUCUUGUAACGAACUUAGGUGUUAAGUAUUCAGGCGCGUAAACCGUGGUACACUUUGUUUGUUUUUCUGUUUGUUUACGUGUCUUUUUCUUUGAACACGUUAUUUCUGUCAUUGCUGUUUAAGGUUGGCAAGCGCUGUCAUUCCGGGGCCAUGUUGGAUUUGGUAGACGCCUCAUCACUUCUUUACAGACUUCAAAUGGAAGGUUGGUGUUACUGUGGCACACUCACUGCCAUGGCGACAACAGCGACAACGUGAUUUCUAAUGUGGAGUCUACUCUCGCCUUUUGAUGAAUAGUCCUUUUCAACAGUGAUAUUCUUUAUUUAAUUUAAUUUAUAAGGCUUAUCAAGCCUUAAUAUUAAGCUUCCAACUGUCCAUAUCAGUGGCCAUUACCCUUUUUAUGCAGGCUUGACUUUAGGUGAUAUAAUAAGAAUCCAGAUAGUUUUGCCAUUUUAUGUCACGGCCCUCUAAUACUGUCAUUAGGCGUUGAUGUUGGCAACCGCUGGAAGGAAAUUUAUCACCUCUGGGAGUCACAUACAGAUGAUCAUAUCUUGGUAAGAUCAAUCGUCUGUUUACACUUAUUUUAACCCAUAGAUUCAUGUUCACACGAGCAAAUUUGGACAAAUUUAAUUGCCCUUCUACACCACGCGGCAUUUGUUGUUGUUGUUGUUGUUAGAACUAGUUUCCAUAAUCUCCAGAAAUUACUACUUUUGUGAACAGUUGACACUUAAGAAUAAUGUGACAACCUUUUACAUGCCUAGUCGUAGACACGAUCCAUCCUUUUUUUAAGUUAUGGGAAUCUUUUUGCGAAUCUUGGGUGUAUUUGCCACCUAAAAUCUGGGAAAUGUUUCGGAUAUGUGCUCAAGCACGAGAAGUAUUGUGUGAUUUUUAUAUUCGAGAAGGUCUGUUCGUACCGUGCCCUGUAGGAAUGGGAGGUCUAAGCUACCAAAUGUAUACAAAACAACACCUUGUAACACUCAAAGAAAUCUUCGUGACAAACUUAGUCUUGUCCACAAAAAGCGGAAAAGUUUUCAAGAUUGCCAGCCUGUCACGGAUUUUGUUGUAUUUUUUCCAGGUUUUUAACGAUGUUCACAUGUUAAUGUGUACACUAGGAGCAAAAAAUGAAGAUGCAACCUUGAAACUUUUAGCGUCACUCAGAGAAUUUGUCAGGUAUAUUUUAUCGUUUUCUUUUAGCUGUCUCUCUUAAAAACCAUCAGGCUGCUAUCUUGAACGCGCCAUCUUGGAUUUACAGUUCAAGAUGCCAUUGCAGUUUGUUCCACCGAUUUUUUGUUUGAUUGACGGUAACUUCGUGUAUAUAAGUGAAUGUCAAGACACUGUCUUUGAAAGUUAAAACUUUCGUUCUGUCACUUUUUUAUCUAUAGAGAUGGUGCAGGAACAAAUUGUGAGGUAUCGAAAGAGGUCGGUAUCGCCCUCUGCGAAGCUUUCGAACAAGCUGAUAAGGUCAGUCAAAAGUUUUUCAUUUAUUUCUUUGCCCACCGAUUCCCCCUUUUUUGUGAGAAAUCCUAAAGUCAAUGUAAAGGAAGAACCCUGGGUGAAAUUAAACACCGUUCAAUAGAGAUAUCAAGUUACUGCUAUAUCAAAAUUUUAUUAUCCUUUAAUAUUUAUUACAUAAUACCGAUUAUUCUGAAAGCCCAAAGGUUAUAUCUGCAUUGUACUCUUACCUUGGUUUAAUCAAGGUUGUUUGUUUGUUUUUCUCAUUUUUUUUUUUUUCAUUUCUUUAAGGGAAAUUUCGAUAACGCUGUUGAAAUUCUGAAGCCUAUUCGCUACAAAAUUGUGAAAAUCGGAGGCAGCAAUGCACAGGUAAGAAUGUGGCGUGUAAUGUUUAAAAGCGUUGAAAACGAGCUUUUAAUCAGGUUUAAGGGCCUGUUUACGUGAACGUGGGGGACCCCAGGUAGGUUAGGUAACAUGUGGCGGGUUACCCCACCUAAGCGGGUUACCUCACCCAUCUGGGGUACCCUACCUCCAUGUAAACAGACCCUAAAACACAAAGCGCAGCCAAGACUUUUAGACUUGACGCAUUGAACGGCAUAUUACAAUCCUUUGUAAAAUUUGGAUUGUUUUGACGAAAAAAAUUAGAUAACCAACCACCCAAGGUGGUGGGUUCUACUCCCGCUAGGGGCUCGGUUUUUUUUUUUCCGAGCAUUUCUUAAUUGUACUUCAUAUUAAAAUUCGAUAAAUAGAAAUGUAUUAAGCAUUUAUUUAUUUUGCAUUUUUUCAAUAAGUUAUCAACGAUUUUUGGAAGAAUAUGUGCUAUACGUUAAUUAAGGUUACGCGUCUUUCAUAAUUUAGGAGAAGAGAAAACGCUCACCCUUUAAUCUCGUUUCACACUCAACGGUGGGAAGGCAAUCGCAUCUUUUUGCAAUAGCACUACAUUUAGGUUACAGCAGUCUUGUGGUAGACGCAAUGCAUAUCCCGAUAUGUGCUCUUUCACAAUUCAAUUUGUAUUAGAAACAAGACGCUGUUUGAGCGAUAAGUUGAGCAACAAUGCAAAACAAUUUAGACUUUUCUGUCUUUAAGACAGGGAGUACUGUAUAUAAAUGUCAGCACAUGCCGUGGAAAUAUGGAGGUGCUUGUUUUGCUUGUGUUUGUUUCGUGGUUUUGUUUUUUGGUUGUUUGUGUUUGUGUUUUUUUCUUGCCUUGUGCAAAAUACGAAAUACUUCUCGCGAUACGUCUAUAA